ACAGCAGACCUCACUGUGUCUCCAGCAGACCACAUCGCUCCCCACUGUCUCCGUCCAGAGCGUUUACUGGAACCAGCUUCAUUUUAAAGCCAACAAAGCUGACUUUACAUAGGAAAAACACGGCUCUCUCCUCUUGCAGUUGAAUGGAAAUAAAAGGGAUUCUGUGACCUUGGAAGAUGAAGAUGUUGUUGCCAUGGGAACUCUUAAUCCUGCUGUCACUCAAGAGCUGCCUAGCAGAGCGGAUUGUUCGUCAUGGACCAGUGUUCACUCAAGAGCCCAGCGACAGUGUUUUCCCUUUAACUGCUGAGGACAACAAGAUAUUCAUUAAUUGCAAAGCCAAGGGAAGCCCAGAGCCACAUUACAGGUGGAAAUUCAGCGGGAAAGACCUUGACAUCGACAUGGACUUCAACUACAGUCUGGUUGAGGGAAACCUUUUGAUCAAUAACCCUCAGGCAACUAAACACAGUGGAGUUUACCAGUGUAUCGCCACAAAUGCAUUUGGAACCAUCUUAAGCCGAGAGGCCAAAGUCGAGUUUGCAUACCUGCAGAAUUUCAGCAUCAGGGCCAGAAGUCCAGUUUCAGUGAGGGAAGGACAGUCUGUUGUGCUGCUGUGUGGUCCGCCGGCCCACUUUGGAGAAAUCAGAUAUUCCUGGAUAUUUAAUGGUCGUCCGAGUGUCGCUGUUGGGGACAAUCGGCGCUUUGUGUCCCAGCGGACUGGAAACCUCUACAUUGCCAAGGUGGAGACAUCAGAUGUGGGCAACUACACGUGUGUGGUGAGAAACGUGAUGACCAACUCCAGCGUCUUCAGCUCGCCAACUCCAGUGGUGCUGCGGCGGGACGGUGUGAUGGGAGAAUACGAGCCAAAGAUUGAAGUCCAAUUCGAAAAAAUGCUUCACGUGGCCAAAGGAUCGUCGGUCCGGCUGGAGUGUUUCGCUUUAGGAAAUCCAGUGCCUUCUAUUUCGUGGAAGAGAGCGGAUGGAAACCCUUUCCCCGGGAAAAUGAAGAUAAAUCACUCAAAUGGGGUCCUAGAGAUCCCAUAUUUCCGUCCUGAGGAUUCCGGACUUUAUGAAUGUGUGGCUGAAAACUCGAAAGGACGCAGUAUUGCAAAAGGACGGCUUGUAUUUCAAAAUGUGGAGCACCUGCAGUGGUCACAGACUCUAUAUGACGCAAAUAUGGCCAUUGAGUCGGAUCUACACUGGGAGUGUAAAGCCAAUGGAAAACCUCAGCCCAUUUACAGAUGGAUCAAGAACGGACAGCCUUUGGUCUCUCAGGACAGAAUUCGUGUUGAUGGUGGCAGGUUGACCAUCUCCAACAUAAACCUGGUGGAUUCUGGGAUGUAUCAGUGUUUGGCAGAGAAUGAUAACGGAGUGAUUUAUGCCAGCGCUGAGCUCAAAGUUGUGGCUUCUCCUCCAGACUUCUCCAAGAAUCCUGUGAAGAAAACAACUCUGAUCCAGCGUGGUGGUGAAGUGAUCAUUGAAUGCCGUCCGCAUGCGUCGCCCAGAGCUUCAUACUCCUGGAGAAGAGGCACAGAGUUCCUGAAAGACAGCAAGAGGCGGACCAUCUUAGAAGACGGCACUCUUAGGAUCACUAACAUUACCAAAUCCGAUGCAGGAAGGUACACCUGUGUCGCCAGAAACCCCUUUGGUACAUCCAGCAGUUCUGGGACUUUAGUGGUCAAAGAACCAACCAAGAUUACAGUCCCUCCAUUGAGUAUGGACGCCACAGUAGGGGAGAGCAUUGUCUUGCCUUGUGAAGUAUCUAAAGACUCCACUCUACACCCCAUCUUCAAGUGGUUCUUCAACGGGAAGCUCAUCGAUUUCAGCCGACACGAUCACUUAGGGAUGAUUGGAGGGGGAUCUUCUGGGGAUCUGAUGAUCAGAAACGUGCAGCUGAAGCACUCUGGGAAGUACGUCUGCAUGGUUCAUACAGCAGUGGACAGCGUGUCUGCAGCAGCAGAUUUAAUAGUCAGAGGGCCCCCUGGUGCUCCAGUGGGCGUGUUGGUGGGGGAUGUCACAGACAGGACUGCUCAGCUCUCUUGGGGCCAUGGAUCUAACAACCACAGUCCCAUUACCCUCUACAUCGUGCAAGCCAGAACUCCAUUCUCCAUUGGAUGGCAGGCAGUCAAAACCGUUCCUGAUUCUGUGCCUGGACAGAUGAUUCAUGCGACGGCGGUGAAUCUCAAUCCGUGGGUAGAUUAUGAAUUUAGAGUCGUGGCUAUCAACAGCGUGGGGGUUGGGGAGCCCAGCGUGCCAUCUAAACCCGUUCGCACCAAAGCUGCAGAUCCUGAAGUGGCUCCAGCUAACGUGAGUGGAGGCGGAGGCAGCAGAGGCGAACUCGUGAUUGUUUGGGAGCCUGUGCCUGAGGAGCUACAAAAUGGAGAAAAGUUUGGAUAUGUGGUGGCAUUUCGUCCUCUUGGCACUACCACCUGGAAACAAAGCGUUCUGGCCUCAGCCGAUUCGUCACGAUACGUUUAUAAAAACGAUACUUUCCCACCCCUCACUCGGUUUGAAGUAAAAGUCGGCGUCUACAACGACAUCGGAGAGGGGCCGUUUAGCCCCACGGCCCUGGUAUAUUCAGCAGAUGAAGAACCAUCAGCAGCUCCUCCGAGAGUCUGGGCCCGCACUCUGUCCGCGUCUGAGAUCGAGGUAUUUUGGGAACCCGCCCACCAAACCGGCAGCAAAGGACGGAUAACAGGCUACGAGGUGCAGUGGUUAGAGGAUGGGUCACCAGAGAGCGAUGCAGAGAGAGUUCGAGUCACUGAAAGUUCAGUCAAUAUCACAGGUCUGAAGGGAAGUACAGUCUAUCUGGUGUCGGUCAGAGCACACAACAGCGCAGGCACCGGACCCUCCAGCACCCCCAUCAGCAUCACCACCAAGAAGCCACCUCCAAGUCAGCCCCCAGGGAACAUCGAGUGGAACCUGACGAACUCAAAGGUGUUUCUGAACUGGGAGCAUGUGAAGGCGAUGGACAAUGAAUCAGAAGUAACCGGCUACAAGGUUGUGUAUCGUCAAAACUGGCACAGGGGAAGCAGUGUAGUGGAGACCAACAGGACGUCUGUGGAGCUUCAGCUGCCUUCAGAACAAGACCUGCUCGUUCAGAUCAAAGCCCUGAGUGAUGGAGGAGACGGCAGCAGCAGCAGCCCUAUACGAAUACCAAAGAUGUCAAGCCUGAACUCGAGGGGAUACUUCAGUUCAGACGCAAGCAAGAUGGCCCAUGUUCAUGGAGUAGUGUUUUUGAUCUUGUCAUGGUUGUUGUCAUAGAACUCUGCCUUUAAUUCAAGCUGAAGUGUGUCGUUUCUGUGCUACUGACGUCACCAUGCGGGACUGCAGAAAUGGUUGUAGUUUCCCAAAGUCUGUUGGCUACAGUGUAGAAAAAUCGACUAGCAAUUUGCUUAAUUAGAAUCGUUGUUUUAAAAGUGCCCAAUUGUGCCAUUUUAUAGGUUUCUAAUUUUUGCUUCUUCAGUAGGUUAAUUUUCACAUUAUUUGAAAAGCUCAUACAGGAACAUCAGCUCUUUUCUCAAAAUGUCUGAAACAAUUAGUUGAAGGAUCCAGUCUUUGGUUGGUCAUACUCUGCUCUGAUUGGUCAGAUGACCCUUUUCUGUUCUUAUUUAGAUUACCCUACUCUUCUCUAAAUGGUCAGUUGACCCUACCCUGUUUGAAUGCUUAGAUAACUGUACUCUGCCCUGAUUGGUCAAAUGACCCUACUCUGCUUUGAUUAGACAUUUGACCCUUCUCUGUACUUAUUGUUUUGAUGACCCUACUCUUCUGUAAUUGGUUAAAUGACCCUACUCUAAUCUGAUUGGUUAGAUGACCCUACUCUGCUCUGAUUGGUCCAAUGACGCUACGCUUCUCUGAUUAGUCUGAUGAUCCUGCUUUGCUCUGAUUGGUUAGAUUGCACUAUCCUAAUUGGGCAGAUGACUCGCUGACUAUUCUGCUUUAAUUGCUCUGAUGACUCUACUCUUCUCUAAUUGGUCAGAUGACCCUAACCUGAUCUGAUUGAUCAGAUGCCCCUACUCUGCACUAAUUGGUCAAAUGACCCUUCUCUGUUUUUAUUGGUCCGAUUGCCCUACUCUACUUUAAUUGGUCUGAUCACCCUACUUUUCCCUAAAUUACCCUGCUUUGCUCUGAUUUGUUAGAAUGACUCUACUCUUUUUCUAGUUGGUCAAAUGACCUUUCUCUGCUCUGAUUGGUCAAAUGACCCCACUCUUCUCUAAUUGGUCAGAUGACCCUACUCCUUUUUGAUUGGUCAAAAGAUCAUACGCUUCUCUGAUUGGUUAUUUGAGUCUGCUUUGCUCUGAUUGGUUGGAUUAUGCUACUCUGAUCCAAUUAGUCAGAUGAUCCUACUCUGCUUUAAUUGGUCCGAUGACCCUACUCUUCUUUAAUUGGUCUGAUCCCCUGCUCUGCUUUAAUUGUUUAAAUGAUCCUACUCUGAUCUGAUAUGUCAGAUGGCUCUGAUUGGUCAAAUGACUCUACUCUUUUCUAAUUGGUCAAAUGACCUUUCUCUGAUCUGAUUGGUCAGAUGAACCUAUUCCUUUUUGAUUGGUCAAAUGAUCAUACAGUACACUUCUCUGAUUGGUCAUAUGAGUCUGCUUUGCUCUGAUUGGUUGGAUUGUGUUAGUCCGUUCUAAUUGGUCAGAUGAUCCUACUCUGCUUUAAUUGGUCUGAUCCCCCUGCUCUUAUCUAAUUGUUCAAAUGACCCUACUUUGAUCUGAUAUGUCAGAUGGCUCUACUCUUUUCUAAUUGGCCAAAUGACCGUACUCUGAUCUGAUUGGUCAGAUGGCCCUACUCUGCUCUGAUUAGUCAAACGACCCUUCUCUUCUCUAAUUGCUCAGAUGACCCUACUCCUUUUUGAUUGGUCGAAUGAUCCUACGCUUCUCUGAUUGGUCAGAUGAUCCUGCUUUGCUCUGAUUGAUUGGAUUGUGCUACUCUGCUCUAAUUGGUCAGAGGAUCCUACUGUGCUUUAAUUGGUUUGAUGACCAUACUCUUCUCUAAUUGGUCAUUUGAUAAUUAAAUAACAAACUGAGCUUGAGUCCUGAUUGAUUGGAUGAGAAUUUGCAAAGAAAACAGUAUUUCCUGUGCAAGUAUUUGAACCAAACCCUUCCAGGCCUCAACAAAUACGGGGGUCAAAGCAGACUUUGUUUGUUCAGGAAGACUGGAAUUAUUAACAAUUUGUUUCAGGCAAUUCACAAUCAGUUCAGAAUCUGUGCUUUUCUUAUAUAUGCUGAUUUGUUUUUCUUCAGCUAUAUUACAGCUAUAUUACAAAUCACAUCAAAUAUAACAUCCAUAAUAGGGGCACUUUUAAAAGUUACCAGAAAUAAAAAAAUGCUUCAACAUGUUUAAAAAACAAAAUCUGGUUGGAAAUGGCUACACUUUUCCCCUUUUUUACACUUAUUGGUGACUCAGCUCCAUUGCCUUAUAUUGUGAUGUUUUUUUUACCUCUUUGUCAAACUAUUUGUCUUUUCUAUGUAGAUUUUAUGCAAAAAAAAAAAAUUGCUGGCUUUCACUUGUAGCUGAUAACUUUGCGUAGGUGUUCAAAAGUGAGAUUCAAAUGGAGCACAGUAUUAAAGUCCUGUAAUGCAGUAGUGACCUUGAAUGAUGGAUCUCGAAGAGAAAUCCUUGAAUUCUGAAUUAUCCCCAUGCUGUUUUUUUUUUCCUUCUGCACACGUCAGUCAAUGAUGCUGUGUUUGUAUAUAUAAAAAGGCCUUUAGAUAGAUGAAAUGCAUUAUGUUCUUUUGCAUAAGCCCUGAGAGAUGUCAUUGUUUCGACAUAGGCUCAUUCUGAAAACGUAUCCCUAAAUACAUUUUUGGAGAUUUUUUCACAAAUUAUGUAGCCAGAAGUACAUCUGGCUGCAUUUCGUCUUUAAAAAGAAAGCUAUGGGGCGGUAUGACACCAUUCCUGUUCAUGCUUACCAGGUGACUACUUCCCUUUCCCGCUGUUACCAGUUUGUCCAGGAGCUUGCCAUGUACAUCAGCUGACUUGAGACGCAGAAAGGAGUUUACCACGACGACGUGGUUCAUGUCUGGUGAAGAAUGGUUCCAGAAAGCAGGUAAAACAAAAACAGAAGCCAAAACAUAAAAAACAAGUAAAUAACAGGGUGAGAAUGUGGUAAAUCUGAAAACACAGUAAAAGUCAGACGAGGGCUUUUCUUUUCAUGGAUUGCUUUUUAAAACUGUCAGUUGGGUUUAGGGUACCAAUAGUGUUUUCAAAAGCAACGGUUGACAAUCGUCAAUCGUUGCUUUUGACAACACUAUUGGUUGGGUUUAAGGUUUAAGGGUGGGUCAGUGGAUUGGUCAAUCAGUCAGUUAGUUGACAGUGGCCUCUGGUGGAAUUACAUGAGAAUAAAAGGCACGAAUGACACUCACAAGACAAAUUUGAGAUCUGAAAAAGUGUACGCAGCGGCCUCUGGUGGAUUUGUGAAAACAAAAACUGCAAAAUAAACACGUAACUCCUGGGACGUAUUUGGCACUCUCCAGAAAUGUAUAUGGGGUACGUCAUAAGAAUGAGUCUGGGUUGCAUUGUUUUAAUGAAUAACGGCAAAUUGGUUAAAUACAUAGUUUCUACAGUAAAUGAUUAUUGCUGCUAGUUAUUUUACGUCAUUUGAUGAUUUCAGGUAUAAACAUUGUUUCUUUAAAUUCAAUGCAUAACCGUUUAUACUUUUUCCUCCUGUUUUCUUCAAAAAAAGAUGCUUUACCAUGUUUGUUCAUGUAAAAAUCCUUAUAGAAACAUCUGCAUUUCUGUGCUGAGACCAAGAUAACAAUAUGUAUCAUGUAUCAUAUCAUCAUAUGUCUAAAUGAAUGUUUAUAUGUUCUGUAUUUUUAUUUAUCUCUUUUUUUUUUGGAUUACUGAAUUAUUAAAAACUGGAUUAUUUUUUAAUAAUUUAUUAAUUCAAUCAAUUGUGACUUUUAUUUCAGUUUUUAUAUCUUAAUAUUUAUUUGUUUCUCUUUUUUAUAUAAUUUAUCAUCUUGCAGUAUCAUUUUUAGCAUUUAAAAAAUACAAAUCAUUCAUGUUUUGCUCUUUUUUUAAACAUUUUUGCGAUUUAAUACCACUUAUUAUUUAUUUAUAACUUAUUUUCCGAGUAUUGACCAAGAAACCUGAUCAACUGAAUUGUUUAAAAAAACAAAACCUUAUUCUAUUUAUUUUAAAACAAUUUAAUUUUUACAAUUUAUCACUUGACAGUACCCCCAUUUUUUGCCUUUGUUUAAAAUUUUGCAUUUUAUAAAUGUAACAUA